AUGUCGAAUCAGCUUGCGCGUGAGGAGACGCACCUUUUUGUUGACAAGUGGAUUGGAGUUCUUCGUGAUCGCAGUGUGACAUGGCUGUGGGAUGCGUUCAACACUGUAAACACACCGGACAUCGUGAAAAAGUCAUUUGAGAUGUGUCGUGUGCAUGGCUUUAACCUCUCGUACCAAAGUCUCACCAGUUAUACUGCACGAGAGAAGUUGAGGAAUUUGAAAAAUGAUGAACCAGAGUUUUGGGACGAACUCACCAGGCAAACAGGAGAGAAGGUGAAAGAUGGUGAUGGCAUAGAGGUCCUCAGCGAUGAGGCAGAGCUCAAUGGUCUCCCAGAGGGUGAUGAUACUGAUGUGCCGUGUUUGUCUGUUAUUGCAGACAUGUUGAGUGGCAACAUUCAUACAGGAUCCAAGAGACCAGUUGGAGUGCUUACCUCCAAAGGAGAAGUCGAGACCAUGGACUUUGUAGUGGACAUGGUACCUGAGGCGGAGGGUAAUGAUUGCAAGAACCUGGAAGAUGCAAUGGAAUUAGGGUGGGGGAGAAGGAAGAAAAAACGCAAAUCCGGAGUCAUGUACCACGCGCAAAUCUGGGGUCGCCAUGGAAGCAAAAUUCGAUUAGGCAGCUCGGCAACAACGCCUUCGGCAGCAAAGUGCCCUCCCAUCCUCACUGUCCUAGGCUCGGCAAAGGUGCACAUUUCCCCCAUAGCAGGGUUCUCACACCCCUUGCUCUUGCUCACCGUCAUUGUCAGUGCCCUCCCGUCCUCACUGUCCUGGGGCUUCCAUCUCGGCCUUCUCAGCCUCUCUGGACACCAUCCCCGACCUCUUCUUGCGCUGCUGCCAUCACCAUCCUGUGCUCCCAGCCUCUGGCACGUCAUUGUCAGUGCCCUCACUGUCCUGUGGUUGGCAAAGUGCCCUCCCAUCCUCCUCAUUGUCCUGGGGCCCCCAUCUCGGCCUUCUCAGCCACCUCUUCCUUCCAGCGUCCCCCAAUGUUGUCAACGGUGCUCUCUUAGCCCGUUUUACUCCUGUGUCAAGCAGGAUCUCUCGGACUUUGUUCAUUCUCAUUGGUUGCCGUUCUUUGUACAAUGA